GUUAUCUUAUUCAGUCUUCUACCCUCAUACAGGACAGAAAGCCGUUCUGAUAGUCUUUAAAAAGCUGUGUAACAAAGAAAUAAUUGUUUUUCAGUGAUAUAUAUUAUUAAUUAAAUAUCAAAAAUGAGUGCUACACUAGGAAUUUCAAAUAAUAUAGUUACUGUCCGAAACAAAUAGAUGAACAGUACUUUUUAAUUAAGUGACUUCGACCUAAAACUUUAUAGGUUAUAAAGUGUAAUUCAUAUAAAAAACAAUGGGUUGGGACUUCACUCGUCGCCAGUGGAUGACCAUUGUGGUCAUAUCUAUCGCAGACUUCUGCAACGCAAUAUGCGUUGCGUUGCAAGCACCGUUUUAUCCCCAAGAGGCAGAGAAGAAGGACUGCACGGCCACGGAGUACGGGCUCGUGUUCGGAGUGUUUGAGCUGGUGGUGUUCCUGGUGAGCCCGCUGUACGGCGCGCACCUCAACCGCAUUGGGCCCAAACUGCUGUUCAACGUGGGGAUCCUCACUACGGGGACUUGCGCCAUAUUGUUCGGACUGCUGGACAAGGUGGAGGGCCACGUGCCGUUCAUCACGCUGAGCUUCGUGAUCCGCAUCGUGGAGGCGACGGGCAACGCCGCCUUCCUCACCGCGUCCUUCGCCAUCAUCGCCAAGGAGUUUCCCAACAAUGUCGCCACCAUGUUUGCCUCCCUCGAAACAUUCUUCGGCCUCGGCCUGAUCGUAGGGCCAACGCUGGGCGGCGCCCUGUACGCGGCGGGCGGCUACUCGCUGCCCUUCGCCGUGCUGGGCUUCGCGCUGUUUUGCGCUGCUGUGAUGAGCUGCUUCGCGCUGCCGCAGGGCGGGGACGAUGAGGACUUGAAGCCGGCUGGACCGAGCAUGCUGACGCUCCUCCGCAUCCCGGGCGUGUUCCUGUCGGCCAUCAGCAUCAUCUGCACCAGCAUGAGCAUCGGCUUCCUGCAGGCCACGCUCGAGCCGCACCUGCGACAGUUCAACCUAUCCCCAAUAGUCCUGGGCCUGAUGUUCGUGAUCAACGGCGGCGUGUACGCGCUCUCCGCGCCCGCAUGGGGGUGGCUCUGCGACCAGCCCUACAUGAAGCCUAAAUACGUCACCGUGCUCGGCUGUGCAUUUGUGGCGGGAUCCUUCUUGCUCAUUGGACCGGCGCCCUUCUUCAGUUUUCCUACAACUCAAUGGGUGACAAUUCUGGGCCUGGUGUUCCACGGCUUUGGCAUUGGGAGCCAGCUGGUGGCGUCCUUCUCUGAUGCCCUCAGCACAUCCAUUGCGAGUGGCCUCCCCAACUCCAUCGAGACGUACGGGCUGGUGUCCGGCAUGUGGACGUCCACCUUCGCUCUGGGGGCCUUCAUCGGGCCCACCGUUUCCGGCCUGCUCUACGACUCCGUCGGGUUUAAGGAAUCCACGCUGUUUAUAUUCCUUCUCCAUGUUAUUGUUGGCGUGAUAGUGCUGAUAUUCCUGUGGACGUACGACCGCGCGCGCGGGCUGGACGUGUCGGUGUCGGCGGGCGACCUGCUGCAGCUGGACGGCACCCUGGACGGCAGCGUGCUCAUCGGAGACGAGUACCAGGCACUCACGCCACGGGCUAAGAGUCGCCGCCGCGGCAUCAGCGUGGAGCAGUCCCGGCCGCCGGCCAUGAACAGCCUCAUCGCGUGCUCGAGCUACAAGAACCGCCGCAGCCCCUGGUCCCAGCGCACCCCGCGCUACCGGCCCUCGUACGGGAGCCUCGACUCGCGCUUCCGGGGCGCCAUGUCCGUCACAUAGGGACUGGGCCUUUGUUGCUCCUUAUACACUCACGAGCAAUAAAAAAGUUCCUAUAACAAAAUGUCGAGACCAAAACUUUUAAAACAUUUAAUUUAGAAUUUGAU